AUGAAUCUAUGGCUCUUUACUAGUGGUUUUGUAAAUAAUGGAGGCCUCCGUGGCGUUGCAACUGUGGAUCCUUGUAAACGCAUGAUAGCCUUCCAUAAGAAUAUAAAUCUUGAUGAUUUUCGAAUCCUAGUUUACAAGGAGUUUAAUAUUCAUCCAUGCUUGAUCGCCUGUAUAAAGAAUUCACAGGGUAUCAUUGUCCCUUUUUCAUCUAAGUCUAUUACGGAUACUACCGAGGAUGCCCCAUAUACACUGGAGGGUCUAGUUCAAUACCUAGCUAAUUUGGACUUGCGUUUUUCUAAAGCUGAACGUGAAAUAUGUGCAUUGGAACUUCGAGGUUUUUCUACUUUUUCAGUUAUUUCAGGUCUUUCUGCUCCUAGUGAGGAUUAUGGGCACGAGUGUAGUGCGGCUGAUAUGGGGUUUUCUUCUUCAAAUCAAGAAAUUCAUGAAGGACUUAUUAAUCAAACUUCUAUUCGUUCGCGAAAAAUAAUGCUAAAAGACGAGCCUCUUUGGUGCAAUCAGGAUACUGACAUUGAUCCCCCUGAUCAGGCCCAUACAGAUGCUCAGUUUGGCCAGUUGUUGUACGAGCUCGAGGAAAUGCAGCAGCGUCUCGAUCGGAUGAUUGAGGCUAACUGGACUGGCAUUCUGAACCACUCUCCUCUCUGGUAG